AUGGCUGCAGAAAUGGAACACAACAUCAGUACUGAGGAAGAUGACGACGGUUUCGAAGAUUGUGUACCCGGGGGGCUCCGGCCCAACUACAAAAUCCCAAUUAUCCUGUCAGAAAUGAAAGAGGACGUUCUCGAUGAGAUUAUUCAUUCCGAGAACAACUCAUUAAGUUGUGCUUCUUGCAGUGCACAUUUCACAGAUUUUACGGAAAUGAAAGCUCAUUUGGAAUCAUGUUCGGAGAUACCAGAUAAGGAUCAUGUUACGGAAUAUAAAAUUUCUCAAUAUCAUACUAACGCUCUGAUUGUAUCACUCAAAGACAUGUAUGAAGCCGGCACCAGCGGAUUGAACCCUGUAAAAACCGAGACGCGACUACCAUUCUAUAUGGAGCCAUUCGCUGGCGCCAAUGUUGAGAAUCAUAACCGAAUCGGAGGCCAUUUUGCAGUGGUGACGUGCAGAAUGUGCAAAUGUCAGUACUUACAUCGCUCACAUGAAUUGACAACUGACAAUUUUGGAUUAGUAGGAGUUUUGAAUGAAGAUGAGCAAGAAUUCGAUCCCAGUCUGAUCAAAUAUCAUGUGAAACUAUGUCCGGAGUACGAGCACACUCAUGAAACCUUUUUGAUGAAAAUGGAUCCAAUUGUGGGGAAAAUCCAUUACCACUACAAUGAGUUAUUCAACGUCUAUAAAACCAUCCGGUCAGGGAUAUACGGCUCCGGAUUCAAAAUCCGCACAACUUCCGAUCCUUACUCCUGGCGGGAAAUGGGUACAAUUUACGAGGUGGACGAGUCUAAUCGAGGGCUAUUGAAUGAAAUCGAAAGAGUUGGACAGCCAUCACAAUUCCAAUAUUUUGACUUUAAGCUGCAUAAUAUUGAGCCGGAGAAUGUGGAUUUUGUUCGAACUAAUUAUUUUGACAUGCUCGAUGAAACAUUGGACAAGAUUUUCUUCACAAGAGUUACUGGGUUGUAA